UAACCAAAAAGUUGGCUUUGCUAACUCUUAUCCGCUAACUAAAAAUAUAGCUUCUCUAACGCUAAACAUGUAAAAACUAGCAGAAGCUAACCUAACAGCUAACUGCUAAGUUGACUGUAACGGGACUGUUGAUGUUAGCUUUAUUGUUAGCUGACUUCAAGUUGGCAAAAUCUAGUUUAGCAGAAGCUAAUUGGUCGGCUAAUGGUUUUCAAAAAACCUAAUCUGCUAAACAAAAAAUGACCUCGCUGUCUGAUUAGUGGCUAAGAAAAGACAACUGAAAUCUCAGGCAUUUUUACAGUUUUUGAACUUGGGUGUUCUUUGUACUUUUUGGAUAAUAAUCUUCAGUGUGGCGAUUUAGUACAUUAUUUCUGCACACUGUUUGACAAAAUGACAUUUUCAAGUGAGAAAUGUUUACUAAUGAUUUACUCUAACGUCCUUGUUAGGGAGAACUUCUGUUCUCAAAAACCCACAAUCCAGGAGGAGCGAUGAGGAACUGAGCCGACCUCCUCGGGAGAUUACUUCAAUCUGAACUCUGGGACAUCAUGAGCACUUCCACGACAGGAGCCCCCAACAUGGAGGUGAAGGUGGUCUCCCAGGAGAUGGCGUUUAUUAGCAACAUAUUGGCAGCUUACACCUUUAUUGCAGACCAGCCUGAGAGGACAGCUCUGGUGUUCCUGGGCGGCGUCAGCGUCGGUCUCCUGGUCACGCUGUGCGCCAUCGUCUUCCAGAUACACUGUCGAGCUGACUGUCACUAUGGCAACACCAACGACCUUCAGCACCGCCAAAAGGUCGGGCGUCCCCGUGGCCAGCACGUCUGCGCCCCACGUCAGCCCAGCGAUGGUAACCCGGACCCCUCUGGUGCUGUGGCUGUGGCCUCCGGAGGGACUGGGGCCUCCGGAGCCAACGAGUCCGAGGACUGGGACGAGUUGACGGACCUGUCGGCUCAGAGACGCAGACGCUUCGAGAGAGCUCUGCUCCACGCCAACAUGUUCACCUCGUCUGAAGAACUGGACCGGGCACAGCGGCUAGAAGAACGUGAACGGAUUCUACGAGAGAUCUGGAUGAACGGACAGCCAGACAUCAGCACUGUCACUCAGAGUCUCAACAGAUAUUACUGAUGCAGCGCUUAAAAACAGAGAGAGAAAGAAGCACAUGAAGCUCCUCACAGGUGAACAAACUGGACACUGAGCUGCGUGUCUGAAAGGACCUGCAGACUGAAACAUGAAGACUCUGUCCUGCAGUUCAGGGCAGCAGGAUGAUGGGUUUGAGUCGUUUCUGUUUUUAACAGAUGCUCAUUUGAACCACAGAAACAAAACUGGAAGGAUUACGAUUAUGAAGUCUGAUUAUUGAUUAUUUGUGCUUUUGUGUAAUAUCAACCCGAGUGCUGGAAUAUUUUCAUUGAUUUAAAUGCAAGACGUUCAGUAAACAAGGAAUAAAAUGGGAUCAGAUGGAUCUACAUGGUGCUUCUACCACUGCAGUCUGAAACCCUCUGAUUGCACACAUUAUAAAGAAAUGAUGAUCAUCAGCAGUAUUUGUUGCACAUUAUGACAAUCCUCCUGUUUGAGAAUGUCAGACAUCAGUUAUUGAGUUGAACACUAAACUUUAAUUUCAGUGUUUUUUGAAACCCGUUUUCACGAGUAAUAAUUAAAAAAAUUACGUUGCUGGUUUACAUUUUUGAAA